UCCUCCAAAACAGCUUGCUCUUCAUUUAAAAUGCGCUUUUCAUGCCCCUGAAAAGCUUUCUCAGCUGGUGUAGAAUUUGAUCGUACAACCCAUACCUUCUUUACUGCGCUUAUCCAUCUAUCAAGAGUGCUUGCAUUGUAUCACUCCCACCAUCUCAACUUUUCAUCCUCAGCUUGAGUUUAUGUACCCUGGGCCGAGGCUACAAGCUUGACAAAAAAUAGCUGAAACUUGUUACCGAAAAGUGAAGUCAAAUGUCUUAUCAUUAUAUAAAGCGUGCUAAACUACUAAUAACCACAUUGAAAAGGGGGGGUGGGUAGGUGGGGGGUGGGUACGGGGGCUGUAUAAUUUGGAACUACCUUAAUUUUCUGCGAGUGUCUCAGCUUUUUGCCAGGACUGUAAGUUUACAGGAAGUUCUUCAGCAGAUCCAGGAAUAAUAUUAUUACCAUCAUCAUCCAUGAAAGGGAAAUUUUGAAACAGCUGCAAAGUAGGAGAAUCUGAAUCCGAGCCUGAAAAGGGCAAAUAAUUUCAAAACUUUAUGCAAGACUUUGCGUGUGUUUAUAGUUGAUUCAAGUUCAAGUGGGAGUUGAGAGUUUUCAAUUCAACAUCUAUUAUAGUCAUAGAGCUAGAGAACUUUAAAUUUGCCUGCAGCCCAAUGCCUGCACCCCCUCCCCCUCUCCCCCGCCCACCCUUCCAACGUUAGAAACAAUUUAAUUUGGCCUCGAUUUGACUUUUCUUGUGAACACCACAAAAUGGCGGGAGUAAUCAAGUUCGUGCAAAUGAUAUUGGAUGCGAAUGCAAUCUGGGCAUUAAGGAUCCCUGUGUGAAGUAAGUUUAUUAAGUUUUUAAAUAUCUACAACGGCCAAUGAGGUGUAUACACCUCAUUGACAACGGCUCAUUUUGUUUCUUGUCUCCUAAAAUUUUCCAGUGUCGUUCAAACUUCUAACUCCACAAAUUAGGUACUUACAUUUUUAUUUUUUAGGAUAGCAUCCAAACGAUCCAACCUAAGAAUAGCUAAAUUCAAAACUUUUUAAUAAUUUCCCGUGAAAGAUUCCUUUUGUUCCAUCCGUAAUGAUUGAUUCUAGCUAAAAAUGGCGAAUUUAGCCUUAAAGGUUUAGGGGAGGGGCUAGUAGGGGGCCAGCUUUAAGUCAGAGGGCCCAAAGCUAACUUUUCCUUUCUGUGUGGUUUAGUAGAAUGUAAAGUCGUUAUAAGUUCAGAAUACGAAUUUAUGUUUUUAGAUAAUUGUAUCGGAUAAUCUGAGCCUAAGUUGGAUCUAAAGAAUAAUAAAGAGGGAUCUAAAUUGACAACCAUGUUGCUUGUUACCUAGCUUCAGAAGUAACUGACAACAUGGUAUUUCUCAAGACCACGGCGAAAUUGUACCAGUUGUGUUAAUCUGCUGUUCAAUUUGUUUGUAAAAAAAUUAUUUUCAAUAAGAUUAGGAGGAUUGCUUAAGUGAAAUGUGCUUGAAAGAGUGCAUUUGCCAGAAAAAUAGAAGCAUCAAAAUUUCGAAAAUUUCCUGCUCCUUCGGCGGCAACCAUGGUGCCGCCUCGGGUAGUAACUAUAUCCUUUGUCUGUUCUGAUAUAGAGAUUUGGCAAAACUACUAGGAAAAUUCCGUUAUUAUCAAAUUAAAAAGAAAGUUGCGAAUUAUAUACAGAGCUAGAUUGGCAAAAUGCAUUGCAGAGGUUUGUGCACAGCCAAUAAAGAAUUCAGGCAAACAUUUUUAAAUCAGUUGAAUUGACGCCCCUGGACCUACCCAGUGUACCCCAUACCAGGUGUAGUAUCUUGAGAUACUGUUUAGCAAAAAAGAGAAUCAAAUUUAGUUUAAACUUGCAGUAAAGUCUUAAUGUAGUUUGAUGCGAUGGUUAUCAUGCCUAGAGUCAAACUCAUCAACAAACAUUUCUAGGUGGACUGAAAUGAGGCAGGUCAUUUUUGAAAACCUUUUUUUAAAAGAAGGAUCACCUGCUUGCCAGACAACAUUUACUGUUUCAGCAAGUAACCUCUUUGACCUGUGUCCAUAGCAGUGUACUAUUUUUUGUGAGAACUAAUAAAUUCAAGUUCAGGCUGACUAUUUUUUGGAAAACCAGGGGCUGGAUUGUCGUUAAUUUGUGCUCAAAUUAAUAGGGUGUAAGCAGUGUAAUUUUUAGUUUUUUCGCUCAAGGGAGGUGUUCAGGCCUCAUUGGCCAACAAAGUGAGUGGGACAACCUUCAUUUACCGACAAGUUUGAAUAUUCACCAAAAAGCAAUGUUUCAUACUACAUUAAUAUUAAGAUAUUUCAAGGUUGGCCACGCGAAUAACAAGGAUGAGUUAUGAAUCUGUUCUUUACCCGGUAGAUUCGGCAUUUUUUAUGUUUACUCUCCAUACUCAGUAAUGGACAAAAGUGAAAAAUCAAUGGUAGUCGAUGGUAUAUCUGAUCCUUUUCAUUUUCAUUUCGAUUUGAUCCUCUUCGCACCUCGACACGUUAAACUUUUAACGAUUCAUUGGCAGACUCAAACAAGUGAGAACCAAAUCCCAGAUUAGAAUGUUUCAAGGUUGGCCACGCGAAUAAUAAGGAUGAUUACCAGAAAAUGAAAUCAUAUGGACAGCAAAGGUUAUUGGCUAUUCCCUUGGAGCUUUCAGAAUGUACUCUUUCUUUUAAUGUAUGAAUGUUUAUCUUUAUAAGAUAAGGAGCUUUUUAAUACCCUGAAUUUUUCUGGUACAAAGCGAAACUCUUUUGCACGUUUCGUUUCUGCUAGUUUCAUCGACUCUUUAUAUAUUCAUAUGGAGAGCAGAGGCUUAAGGCUAGCCCUUGAUAGCAUUCAAAAUGUACUUUAUCUUUUAAUGUAUGAAUGUUUUUGGUGGUUUCAUUUCAUUUCAGAUGAUUUCAGGUGCCAAGAAAUUUGCGCAUGCUCAUAGCGGAAUUUCAAACGUCUUUUUUGCGUUUCUCUGUGGACGGAUGUAUUUUUGAAAACGCUCAUGGUGUUGAUGCAUAUUCAUUUCAAUUUUCAAACGGAUAACAGUAAUUGCUUUCUCAAAAAUAUCCGAAACCGUGUGGAUGUGGAUUUGGUCUAACGGCAAGUGAUGGGCAAUCCUUUACGUAGGGUCGAUAAAUUGAAAGUAAGAAUGUUACCGACAAUAAUUGCACCUAAUUGUCCAGUGCUUGUGGAUCAAAGGAUUCAGAUUAAAGUGAAAAAUUUGAGCCCAUUUCAAAGUGUAACCUUGCGAGUUGAGCUCAAUUCUGAUAAAUCAGAUCUUUUUGAAUCAUAUGGACACUACAUCGCAGACAGAGAUGGCGAGCUGAAUUUGUCACGAGAUUCUUCUUUUGGAGGUACCUACAAAGGCAUUGACAACAUGGGUUUAUUUUGGAGCAUGUUAGCAGUACCAGGCCAACGAAAAGGGGCCAGGUUUAUUGCAGGAGAUGUUACUAAACCGAUGGAAUUUAGGGUUUUCUUGUUUGACAGGCACGUUAUGUCUCAAGGGAAUGCAGAUAACCCGAAGCAAGCCGUGGAAAAGCUUCCUGAGCCUCUAGCAAAAACGAAAAUUUUACGAACAUAUCUGGCUGAUCAUGUGGAACGCAAGGAGAUAAGUGUUGGCCGCAUAAGGGGGACAUUGUUUGCUCCUAAAGGACGCAGAAAAUUACCAGGUGUCAUUGACAUGUUUGGGAUUUAUGGGGAUCUGAUUGAGUCUAGGGCAGCCAUUUUGGCAUCUCAUGGAUUUGUCACGUUUGCAUUAGCCUAUUUUGGAUACAAAGAUCUGCCUAAAAGCCCAAACAACAUUGAUUUGGAGUAUUUCAUCGAGGCUGUUAAAUGGUUUGCAAGUCAUGAAAGGGUUUAUUCAUCUGGCAUUGGAUAUAUAGGUUCUUCAUCUGGCAGUCAGAUUGCUUUGCAGAUUGGCGCAGAAUGUCCCUUGGUGAAAGCUGUUGUUGGUAUUUCUGCGGCUAACAUCAUGAUUAUUCCACUUAAAUAUAAGGGGAAAGUGAUUAGUGGCCUGGUUGGGUCAUUCAAACGGGAGCAUUACCAUAUAAAUGAAAAGAAUGAAGCUGUUUCUAUCGACUCUGACUCUGUUGAACUUCACAAAAUUGAGAUUCAAGUUGAAAAAAUCGAAGGGAAGAUCAUGCUAAUAACGGGGAAAGAUGACGUGUUUGCCAAUCCGUCAGAAUGUGCAAGAAUAAUUCAGGGGAGGCUUAAUGAACACGGCAGGAAGCCUGCAACUGUUCUUCGUUAUCCUGGCACAGGGCAUUUAAUUAAUGUUCCUUUUAUGCCAACGUGUCGUAUUGCUUACUAUUCAUAUUAUAAAGUUUAUGUUUUAUGGGGAGGGAAUGUAAUUGAGCAUUCUGCGGCACAGGAGCAUGCAUGGACAGCUAUAAAAAGAUUUCUCUUGGAAAAUGUUCAAAAUGUAUCUAGUAAAUUAUGAUUAUUAUUCAUCUUCUGAAUUACAAUCGUAUCAAUAAAACAGGAAUUUUACAACUUGGGAAAUAAAAAUUUAAUUACCUAAUAUUUUUCUUAUUUUGUGUGUAACGACUGAGUUUCGGAGUAUGGUUAGUGUUUUUCAUAUAAAGACCAAGGUUUUUUAGAUGAAGACUAAGGUUUUUAAAUAAAGGCUAGGUAUUUUCAAAUAAAGGCUAGGUAUUUUCAGAUUAAGACCUUGUAUUGUUCAUUGUUAAUAUAAGCGCUAUCCACAAGUUACUCAAAAUUUCAUGAAAAGUUGGCCAUAGAUUAUAAAGAGGUUGCUUAAAAGUUGCCUGUUUUUUAAUAAACUCUUGCUCGAUCACUUUAAAACUCUUCAUAGAAUGAAUUUUCAAAAAAAGCAAAAAAACUGUUUAAAACAUCAUAUAAAGACAAAAUAUUUUAAUAUGUAAGAAUGCAUCAACAACAGACUCGUACAAUAUUUAUUAAUUCAAAAAGAAACUGUGUCAAAAGCAUGCAACUCUUUAACAUUACAGAUGCCUCUACUGCUUCCUCCAAAACAGCUUGCUCUUCAUUUAAAAUGCGCUUUUCAUGCCCCUGAAAAGCUUUCUCAGCUGGUGUAGAAUUUGAACGCACAACCCAUACCUUCUUUCCUGCGCUUUUCCAUCUAUCAAGAGUGCUUGCAUUGCAUCACUUUCCCACCAUCUCAACUUUUCAUCCUCAGCUUGAGUUUAUGUACCCUGGGCCGAAGCUAAAAUCUUGACAAAUAAUAGCUGAAACUUGUUAUCGAAAAGUGAAGUCAAAUGUCUUAUCUUUAUAUAACAUGCCACACCCCCUUCCCUCCGACGUCAAUACGGACAAUAACUGGGGAUGAACGCGGGCUAAACUACUCUGACUAAUAGCAACAUUGAUGCGGGUGGGGGGGGGGGACGGGGGCUGUAUAAUUUGGAACUACCUUAAUUUUCUGGGAGUGUCUUAGCUUUUUGCCAGGACUGUAGGUUUACAGGAGGUUCUUCAGCAGAUCCAGCAAUAUUAUUAUUACCAUCAUCAUCCAUGAAAGGGAAAUUUUGAAACAGCUGCAAAGUGGGAGAAUCUAACUCCGAGCCUGAAAAGGGCAAAUAAUUUCAAAACUUUAUGCAUGACUUUGCGUGUGUUUAUAGUUGAUUCAAGGUCAAGUGGCAGUUGAGAGUUUUCAAUUCAACAUCUAUUAUAGUCAUAGAGCUAGAGAACUUCAAAUUUGCCUGCAGCCCAAUGCCUGCACCCCCUCCCCCUCUCCCCGGCCCACCCUUCCAACGUUAGAAACAAUUUAAUUUGGCCUCGAUUUGACUUUUCUUGUGAACACCACAAAAUGGCGGGAGUAAUCAAGUUCGUGCAAAUGAUAUUGGAUGCGAAUGCAAUCUGGGCAUUAAGGAUCCCUGUGUAAAGUAAGUUUAUUAAGUUUUUAAAUAUCUACAACGGCCAAUGAGGUGUAUACACCUCAUUGACAACGGCUCAUUUUGUUUCUUGUCUCCUAAAAUUUUCCAGUGUCGUUUUUCCUUCAAACUUCUAACUCCACAAAUUAGGUACUUACAUUUUUAUUUUUUAGGAUAGCAUCCAAACGAUCCAACCUAAGAAUAGCUAAAUUCAAAUCUUUUUAAUAAUUUCCCGUGAAAGAUUCCUUUUGUUCCAUCCGUAAUGAUUGAUUCUAGCUAAAAAUGGCGAAUUUAGCCUUAAAGGUUUAGGGGAGGGGCUAGUAGGGGGCCAGCUUUAAGUCAGAGGGCCCAAAGCUAACUUUUCCUUUGUGUGUGGUUUAGUAGAAUGUAAAGUCGUUAUAAGUUCAGAAUACGAAUUUAUGUUUUUAGAUAAUUGUAUCGGAUAAUCUGAGCCUUCUAACAAAGAUAUUACUUUCUUUGGAGUAUAUCAAUGGAGCUUGGUGUGGGGCCUACCCAGUGUACCCCACACCAGGUUUAGUAUCUUGAGAUACUAUUUAACAAAAAGAGAAUCAAAUUUAGCUCAAAUUUGCAGUUAAGUCUUAAUGUAGUUUGAUGCGAUGGUUAUCAUGCCUAGAGUCAAACUCAUCAACAAACAUUUCUAGGUGGACUGAAAUGAGGCAGGUCUUUAUUUUUGAAAACCUUUUUUCAAAAGAAGCAUCACCUGCUUGCCAGACAACAUUUACUGUUUCAGCAAGUAACCUCUUUAACCUGUGUCCAUAGCAGUGUACUAUUUUUUGUGAGAACCAAUAAAUUUAAGUUCAGGCUGACUAUUUUUUGGAAAACCAGAGGCUGGAUUUUCGUUAAUUUGUGCUCAAAUUAAUAGGGUGUAAGCAGUGUGAUUUUUAACUUUUUCGCUCUAGGGAGGUGUUCAGGCCUAAUUGGCCAACAAAGUGAGUCAGACAACCUUCAUUUACCAACAAGUUUAAAUAUUCACCAAAAAAGCACCCACACAUGGCUAAAAAUCCACUUUUUUCAGAUAAAACAUUGUUCAAAAUUGCAUUUCGCUGUAGCUCAGCCCCAGCUUGUUCCUAAUUUGUUCUUAACUUUUGAGCAUUUUUGAGGCUCAUGUUCUUCUAAAAUUUUCUUAUAAAAAAAUGUGAUACAUCGUUGGCUGGCUGCAAUAAAUUUUUGGUGACUGCAUUAUGUUGAUUUAAUUUUUUGCUUUUUUCCACUGCUGUUUUCUUGUGACUUCAUCAUCAUUAACCGAGUUCUCAUUUGCCUAUCCAUCACUUAAAAAACUAUCCAUUCUAAAUUCUGAAAACUAUGAAGAGAACUCUGUGUUUAAAAAACUUGAUGAAGUGCUGUCUGCUGUCAUAAUCCUGACAGUAAGAAUAAAUUGAGUCAAAAUGGUGUGUUAGAUGGUCACUAUGUAAAGAAAUCAAAAUUGAAUUACAUUUUAACAAGACAAAACAGCCCCUGAUUACAAGCCAAAAUGCUUUUAAAUUGCGUAGCUUGUUAAAUAGACGAAAUAAAGCAUUGAAUGCAAUAAAUACCGUAUAAAACAAGUAGUGAAGAGGUACUCUGUCAAAGGCAAAUAAAGAUUUCACAGCUAUUAAAGAAAACCUUAAUUUUUAAGGUAACUUUGAGGGGUUAAGCAAUGGGCCCACUAAGUAUUCUGGAGGGGGCAUGGCCCCCUUAGGCCCCCUAUAGAAAAGGUUGGGGAUAUGAUUUUUUUGAACAAUGAGGUAAAAUUUUAGCCCUUUAAUUACAAGUCAAAGUUGACUACAGUUCAAAAAAGUAGAGGUUCAAGUUGAAAUAGAAAGUUAUCUUUUGUAAUUCAUGUACAUACAUACAGAUUAGCAUUUUUGGAGCAAUUUAUCAGAAAACUUCAUGGUGUAGCACGAAGCCCUGACUGUUAACUUUGAUGAACAUGACAAAGUAUAAUGCUUUUUUAAAGCAAUGAUUGUAGAAAAUUUUUAUUUUUGUUGAUAAAUAAAAACAACCCAUUCAUCAACAUAAUUACUUUGGGAUAUUUUCAACACUAUGAGGGCUACUUUUGUAAGCUUCCAAGAGUGUUGCUACAGAAGGGGGGUUUGACACCCCCACUAAACUCAUGAAUUGGCUCUUCACUCAGCAGAUUCAGCAUUAUUUACUGCUUACUUGAAAAACUUGGUGUUCAUCUUAAAUGAUCAUUUUUAUUUGGAUUUGGCCGGUUUUGCUUCUCAGCACAUUUAUAUUUUAACCAUUAGUUGCGAAACUAAAGCCAGUGAGAGCCAAACAGGGCCACUUCUGGCCAUUUGAUUUCGUGUGAGUUUUUUCUUGCAUGCAUCAUUAAAACAAGGAUAGUAAUGGAUAUGGAAUUACCUAAUAGCUAUUUUUGACCACUUUCCAAAAAUUUCUGCAUAUGGCUUUGCCUUUCUGUGUCUAUUUACUAUGAUAUUUUUUAUUCUGAUCUUGCUUUAGACUGCUAUUUCAUCAAAGUCAAUAGAUGAUAUACAGUACGAUACUUUGAGGUUCGGAAAAGUCAGAGGUUUUUUAAAAGAUUAGCUGAGUUUCAAUAUGAUUAAAAAGUUAAAAAUUCUAUAUACCCUGCACAAAUACAACAGUAUUUGCCUUAAAUUACCUUUAUAAAGAAACAGGCAGGUUCCGUAAGGUAUUCUUAUCAUGUCUCUGGCCUCAACAUUUUUCAUUUCAUUGUUUAUUUGAAAUUCAACAUACAAGCAAAUCUAAGCAUACAAAUAGAAUUGUGCAAAUGAUGGUUGCAAGUCUAACUAUAAAUACAAAAGUAGCAAAUGUUAACUAGAAUAUUUACAAAGAAAGUUCUGUCUAAUUCGUACAUGCUAGAAUUUCUUAAAGGAGGACCUCCCCUAGUAGUUCCAAAACUUGUAAACAAUGUAGUUCUCCAAAACUAGCAAAAAAGAGCACCCCCCUUAAACUCAGAACAUGUAUUUUACACCUCAAAAUAGAAUAUUUUUAAUUGAAUGAUUCAAAGGAAAGUUGAAUGUAAUUUUUUCAGAUCCUUUGAAUGAAAAUGUAGAUGGACAAUCUGCUAUUUCUUCUGGAAGAUCUUUUCACAUGUUUGCCCCAUGAUAGCAAAUUGACUUCAAACCAUAUUGUAGCCUUUUCUAUCGGUCAAGAGUACAUACUAGCAAUGUAAUUGUUUUAUUUAGUGCCCAGCAAUACAUGAGAUCAAAGAAAUCAUUGCUUCCAUCCUUAGCCUUAUUCUAAAUAUGUUGUGGGAUUACAGCACAAGACAGCUGCUGAAAUACAAGAAAAUUUUCCUUGUUUAAUACAAGAAACAUUGUUUACAGUGACUUUGAGAACUUGGCAAAUUACCAUAUUCAUAAAAUUUUGCAAGAGAUUUUCAAAAAGUUUUAUUGAACAAAUUAUUUCAAGUGAAGAUUAACCAUUUUUUAAAAAAUUCCUGAAAGCAGGAGAAGUUAUUAAAAAAUUAAGUUUAAAAUCAGGAGAACAAGAGAUUAUGUUUGAAAUCAGAAGAAUGGGAGAUAACUUUGAAAUCAGGAAUUUUAGGAGAACAGGAGAUUGUGCUUAAAAUCAAAAGAAUAGGAGAUAACUUUGAAAUCAGAAAUUUUUUUAAUAGACUUUCAAUUUUAAUUUAAAACGGUUUGUUUAAAGAAAGUAUAAAAAACUCUCUUACGCAAUGUUAUGAAUUUGGUAUUUUGCCAAGUCCUUAAAGAAGAAGAACCCUACUUCACAGAGGCAGGGUUUGCGCUACGGGGACUGUGGGGGGGGGAUGACAACCACCCGAGAGUUAUGAAUCUGUUCUUUACCCGGCAGAUUCGGCAUGUUUACUCUCCAUACUCAGUAAUGGACAAAAAUGAAAAAUCAAUGGUAGUCGAUGGUAUUUCUGAUUCUUUUCAUUUUCAUUUCGAUUUGAUCCUCUUCGCACCUUAACACGUUAAACUUUUAACGAUUCAUUGGCAAACUCAAAAAAGUGAGAACCAAAUCCCAGAUUACAAUGUUUCAAGGUUGGCCACUCGAAUAAUAAGAAUGAUUACCAGAAAAUGAAAUCAUAUGGACAAAACUUAUUGACUAUUCCCUUGAAGCUUUCAGAAUGUACUCUAUCUUUUUAUCUAUGAAUGUUUGUCUUUAUACUCACAGAAGCAAUUUUUAUUUUUCUUUCUUUUCUGAUCAGAAGCUACACUCUUUUCUUUCACUCGCUCCUGCUAGUUUCGUCGACUUUCUAUCAAAUCAUGUGAAGAGCAGAGAUUUUAGGCUAGCCCUUCAAAGCAUUCAGAAUGUACCCUAUCUUUUAAUAUCUGAAUCUUUAUCUUGAUAAGAUAAGGAGCUUUUUAAUUGCUUCAAAUUUUUCUAAUACAAAGCAACACUUUUGUUGUACGUCUCGCCUCUGCUAUUUUCGUCGACUUUCUAUCAAAUCUUUUGAACAGCAGAGGUUUUAGGCUAUCCCUUCAUUGCAUUCAGAAUGUACUCUAUCUUUUAAUUUAUGAAUCUUUAUCUUUAUAUGGUAAGGAGCUUUUUAAUUGCUUCAAGUUUUUCUGAUAGAAAGCUACACUUUUUUGUAAGUUUCGCCCCUGCUAGUUUCGUCGACUUUCUAUCGAAUCAUAUGGAGAGCAGAGGUUUUAGGCUAUCCCUUCAUUGCAUUCAGAAUGUACUCUAUCUUUUAAUUUAUGAAUCUUUAUCUUUAUAUGGUAAGGAGCUUUUUAAUUGCUUCAAGUUUUUCUGAUAGAAAGCUACACUUUUUUGUAAGUUUCGCCCCUGCUAGUUUCGUCGACUUUCUAACAAAUCAUAUGGAGAGCAGAGGUUUUAG